AUGUCGAUGGAUCUGGAUGCCCCCGUCCCUAUGUCGGGGCUGCAAGAGCAGCCUAUCAUCUCGGCGACUAUUCUUUGCUGCAACUGUGGUGCUCCUAUCGAUGGAACCCUCUCUGCCGGUGCACUUUGCCAGGAAUGUCUCCGGAAUUCAGUAGAUGUUACUGGAGGCAUUCAACGCGAGGCCACCCUCCACUGCUGCCGAGACUGCGAGCGUUGGUUGCAGCCACCGAACAGCUGGGUUGUCGCAACCCCAGAGUCGAAGGAGCUGUUGGCUGUCUGUCUGCGCCGUCUCCGUGGCCUAUCCAAGGUGCGCGUGAUUGAUGCCAAGUUCCUCUGGACCGAGCCCCAUUCUCGCCGCAUCAAGGUCAGGAUCUCGAUCCAAGAGGAGGCUUUCCAGGGCACCAUCGUUCAGCAGACAUUCGAGGUGGAAUAUGUGGUUGCAUCUCAGCAGUGCGAUGACUGCAAAAAGAGUUAUACCCACAAUACCUGGAGAGCAUCGGUUCAAGUUCGGCAGAAGGUGCCACACAAGCGGACGUUCCUGUACCUGGAGCAGUUGAUUCUGAAGAAUGGCGCCCACAAGGAUACAGUCAACAUCAAGGAGGCAAAGGAUGGAUUGGACUUUUACUUCGCGCAACGAAACCACGCUGAGAAGAUGGUGGACUUCCUACAGUCUACGAUUCCCUGCAAGAUGAAAAAGUCCCAGGAGCUGAUUUCCAUGGAUAUUCACACCUCAACCAAGUCUUACAAGUUCUCCUACUCUGUCGAGUUGAUUCCCAUCUGCAAGGAUGAUUUGGUUGCACUUCCCCUCAAGCUUGCUCGUCAGUUGGGCAACAUCUCACCCUUGACCAUCUGCCACCGUGUCGGGACUUGCUUGAACAUUCUCGACGUCACCACUCUUCAGACGGCCGAGGUUGCCAGUGGAACCUACUGGCGCUCGCCAUUCAGAAACUUGGCCGACGUUACGGAGCUGAAGGAGUUCAUCAUCAUGGAUAUUGAGCCCCUUGGCCACUCGAGCGGCCGGUACCGUCUCGCCGAAGCCACCGUUGCACGGGCCUCUGAUCUAGGAAGCAACGACACCACGUACUAUACGAGAACUCACCUCGGCGGUAUCCUGCACGUCGGUGACUCCGUGCUUGGCUACCAUUUGACCGGCACCAUCUUCAACGACGACAACUUUGAAGCCAUCGAAGCAAGCAGUCAGUACGGCUCGACAAUCCCGGACGUCGUCCUCGUUAAGAAGAGCUAUGCUCGCAAGAAGAAGCCCAAGAACCGUGCCUGGCGCCUCAAGCGCAUGGCUCGCGAGCACGAGGAGGAAGCUCUUGCUGCUGGCGGCCAGCAGAAUCGCCGCCAGGAGCAGGAGCAGGACCGCCUCGAGCAGGACUUCGAGAUGUUCUUGCGUGAUGUCGAGGAAGAUCAGGAGCUGCGGCAUACUCUGGACCUGUACAAAGCCCGCGCUAAGCCCCAACAAGAGCAUGAGAUGGAUGAGGACAGUGAGAGCGGUGAGGAUGAGGUGCCGAAGAUCAACAUGGACGAGCUGCUUGAUGACUUUGAUGAGCUGAACAUGGGCGACGAAUGA